AUGUCAAAACACACAGUUGUUCCUUCCUCUCAAAUCAUCGCAUCCUCAGGGGAACAAACUACUCAUCAACUCAUUGAAUUCAUAACACAACAAAAUCCGAGUGUAUCUGGAUUUAUUAAAAUCUUGGCUCGGAGAGAUUAUAUCUACGCAAUAACGUAUCCCGAUCAUGAAAUAUAUUGCACUCAACUCAAACACUGGAUCAACAACACUUCAUCAAGUUUAAUGUUUGAUCCGUUAGAAAAGAAUGGUAAUGGACUUGAGAUUGGAUUGAAGCGAGCAUAUUUUGUUGCAGCCUCGUAUGAUGCAUGUUUUAUUUUGGUGGAUCGGAUUGUUGAUGGAAUUGUUAUGCCUGAUUUGAGAGAGGGAUAUGCCACUCAUGAGCUACCCAAUGGGGAAUGCUACGAAAUUCCAAAGCGAUCAUCUGUUGUCUGCUUGCAAAUCGGACGUAACACGGAUGUGUCAACCUAUUGCUCUGAAUUGGUCAAUCUGAGCUCUAACGAGAAUCCAAAAUUUUGGUUGAGCGGUAUUGAGAAUGCGCUUAGAAAAGAUGAAUUCAUCACUUAUAUGGCAUGUGCUGCUAAUACUUUAGUAUUGGUGACAAAUCAUGGAAGAUUAAUUGUUGGAGGAUCCAAUGGAUUUGGAGAAUGUGGAUACGGUGAAAAAAGAUCCUUUUCUGCAACAAGUCCCCAUCCAUUCUGUGAAGAAAAUCCACAUGUAAAAUUUUGUAAAGUUGCCUGUGGAGAUCAUAACAUUGUUGCUCUCACUCAGUGUGGACGCAUUUACGUAUGUGGAUAUAAUUCUACUUGUGAAUUAGGCAUAUCAGACACUGGAGAUCAGAAAGAAAUUAAGGAAAGUGUGGGUUUUGCGAAAAUUACACAUUCAGAUCCAGCCAUUGAUGUCGCUUGUCAUUAUUAUGGAGUGAUAUUUUUGACAAAAAGUGGUUCAGUUUUUGUUUCUGGAGGAUCAAACAAAUCACUCACUCAAAUUACACUCCCUUAUCAAUACAACGGCACAUUAUUCAAUGUUGUGAAAUCAAUUGGAGCUGGUAGUCAGUCAUUUAUGAUUUCAUUGACCGACUCCAACCAUUCAGAUUAUUUAUUGCUCACAGUUUCAAGACAAUCAAAUUAUGCUUCUCCCAUUGAAAUGCACAAAGAAUUCUUUCGAUCUAUUUCUCCAAAUACACAACGAAUAGACGUGACAGGAAGUGAUCACAUGAGUUAUAUUAGCUACGUUCAACAACGAGCUGUGAUUGCUGGUACGACACUCCAGAAGCAAUUAACAAAGCAUCUCACAGAUUGUUAUGAGGAAAAAUCAUUGUCAGAUAUUGACAUGAUAUUUUUCGUUUAA